AUGUCUGCCUCUCUUGACGAUGUCUCCAACCGCUUUUUCGACUAUGUAAUUUGCGGGCUCACUCUCGCGGCGCGCCUCAGCGAGGAUCCAAACGUCUCCGUGCUGGUCCUGGAAGCUGGGGGAACGAACAUUGACGAUCCCGCAAUUCGCAAAGGCUUGGGUGGAAGCUCCAGCAUCAACUUCAUGUGCUGGACAAAGCCCCAUGCCAAUGAUAUUGAUGACUUGGAGAAGCUUGGUAACCCCGGUUGGAACUGGAAGAACUACGAGAAAUAUCUCUCGAGGACAGAAGGUUUCCUGGCCCCAAACCUUGAUGUACAGAAGAGGAACAACAUGUGCUUCGACUCUUGGAGAAUGGGGCGGGAUGGCACAAUCGACGAGGCCGAGUCAAGAAUAUUGCAGACCCUGAUUAACGCUGGGCUUCCCAGUGCACCUCUUCCGCUGAGUGGAGACCCAACAGGAGUGUUCCUCGCUCCAAACACUUAUGAUCCUGCGUCGCACACCCGCUCAUAUGCAACCACAGCAUUCUACACGCCUAACAAGGGUCGUGAGAAUCUUGCAGUCCUUGUCGACGCCGCAGUCGACUACGUCCGCACUGAAAGGACAAAGAGUGGCAAGCUGAGUGCGGUUGGAGUCGAGUUUGAGCAUGGAGGCAAAAAGUGUACGGUCAACGCCCGUAAGGAAGUCAUUUUGUCAGCAGGAUCCUUGAAAUCGCCCCAGAUCCUCGAGUUGUCCGGAAUAGGGUCCAAAGAAGUCUUAGCAAAAGCUGGCGUGCCGCUCAAACUUGAGCUCCCUGGUGUCGGAGAGAACAGUCAGGAACACACAUUCAUCGGCGUCAGUUUCGGUGAACAACAAUGUCAUCUCUUUUACUCUGUGCCCGAUGCGACUAACCAUGUUAUAGAAUUGCGUGACGAUGUAGACUUCGAUACCGUGGAUUUGCUCCGUGACCCUGUAUUCGCUGCCCAACAUCUCGAGCUACAUUCUCUUGGCUCAGGCAUUUUCACCAAAGGAAUUGUUGGAUUUGCAUUCGUCCCACUGAGCAUGCUGUCCGACAAAAGCGGCGACAUCUAUAAAGCGGCUGAAGAGAAGAUUGUGCGGAACGCAGACAAGUAUCCUCCUGGCCUACUGGAACAAUACAAGAUCCAGCUGGAGCGUCUGAGAACCGAUGCCCCUGGCUGUGAGAUUAUCAGCUUCCCAGGCCAUUUGUCUGCACCUUGUCAACCCGAAAAUGGGAAACGCUAUCUGACAUUGCUCGUGGCGAUGAACCACUGUUUCUCGCGUGGCACAGUUCAUUCCACUUCCUCUAAUCCUCGCAAAGAACCAGAGUUCGACCCUCACUAUCUUGAAGAAGAAGUCGAUCUUGAUAUCUGGUGCGAAACAACGAAGUUCGUGAGAGGCCUGUCGCAGGUAUCGCCGCUGAAAGACAUGAUCGUGAAAGAGGUCAAUCCUGGUCCCUCGGUUGAAGACGAUGGCCAGCUUCGUGGUAUGCCAGGACUUGCCUUGUGCGCCGAUUUCCUGCUUAUCGUUUCUGCAGAAUGGAUCAAAACGUACUUCGGAACAACUUGGCAUACUGCUGGGACAUGUUCCAUGUUGCCACAGCCGAAAGGAGGUGUAGUCGAUCCUGCGCUCAAGGUAUACGGAACAAACAAUAUUCGUGUGGUCGAUCUUUCUGUGGUUCCCCUGCAUUUCGGCGCCCACCCCCAAGCCACAGUUUAUGCUAUUGCAGAGCAAGGUCUUGUCACGACCAUGUUUGCUGCAGCGGGCACGCUGCUCAAUAUCUCCAAGAGAGCACAGAACCAGGGCAAGCCCGUCCGUUACCACAUUGAUGCUUGGGACGAGAUGAUGAUGGACAGGGACAAGAGGUUGACAGGACACAUGCGGGGGCAGACGAAUGCCGCAGUCAACCCCAACAGCGCCGGAGGGGUUCGAGACCAGCAGCGUAUGGUACACAGAAAGGGCUUCACAUCUGACAGCUCGCUGCUACCCCGCAUCUCAGACUCUAUCACGGAGUCGUCUACGAAACCAUACCGCUGGUCCUUCAGCCUGUCUGCCAUAGCCUUCAGCCGUGCUGAGAGGGACGGAUCGACGCCGUCAGGCAGCACGAACUCGCAGGAUAUGAUGAUUCCGUGUUUCGAGUGCAACUCCGCAACCUGGCGGGCAAUCAACGUCUGGCAGGGAUCCAAAAGCUGGCGUGCUUACGGUGUUGCCCCAAGCAAACGAGCGCUGGACGGCAUGCGUGAAUUCUGGAGUUUGGCCGAAGCUCACGUCGUCGUUAAGUCUGUACUCCUCGCGGAAUGCGAGUACUGCAGAUUCGAUAAACCUUUCAUGGCUGACGGAUGGAUUGAACUGCUGUCCCCUAACAUGUCCAAUCGUGUAGAGAUGAGCAUAGUUCCAUGGUGGUACGCCCGGUUGUUGACAAUCUUGUAUGCGGAGCCCGACACGUAUCGUAGCGACAGACGUGCGCGGCAAGUGGAUGGAGAAAUUCGUAUUGCCGAGGUCCUGUACAAAGACGGGUGA